UGUGAUUAAUAUCAUAAAUUGUAAAAAGAUGAGUCUCCCGAAAUAAAGGAAGAAUUUGAACUUCUUUAUAUACUAGCCAUCAUUUUAUAAGAUGGUUCCAUGUUUUGUAUAUAGCAUGUUUAUCUGCAAAGUAACCAGUAACUAUAGCUGUCAUUUACAGUAAAUGAAGUGGAGUAAAAGGUCCAGUAUUUCUUUCUGAAGCAUUGUGAGUUUCUGUCAGAAACAGACAUAAAUAAGGCAUCUCUGGCAAUGUUGAAUUUUUAAUGCCACAUCUCCCCUGCUGAGCAGCUCACAGCAGCCAUUCAAAUGUUGUAGGUCUCCAUAACCACAGCACCUAGAAACAUCCUGCUGGGAUCAGCUCUGCUGCUGUACAGAUUGAGCCAAUACAUGAAAGAGAAACUUUCUAAUUGUUAUACAUAAAGGUUCAAAUUUAGGAUCCACAGUUGUCAGUUACGCUUUUCAGCAAGCCGUCCACUGAGGGAAAUUUCUUCUGGAAAUAGAAAUGGAAAGGUUUCCAUUACACCGAAAACAACUAUAGCACAAGUUUCCAAAACAGUGGUCACCAAUGGCAACCAAAGAACAGUGGUGGGAUCCGUAUGAAACAUCUCAUGCAAGACAAUUCGUCUACUGGCCAAACACAGCCGCAGAGGUUCUGCUGUGCCCAACGUCAUCUUCAUUUAUAGACUCGUAUUCGCUGUCUGCACCUUUUGGUUCAUCUGUGUACAAUGAGGAUUUUUGCUGGAAGCCAGCCUGUAAACCUGAAUGCCUUCGCACAGGAACAGCCUCAGGGCAGAGGAGAAACAACCCGCAUCCCAGUCAGUCUUUCAUGAUGUGGAGGCUGCCUAGGGAUGCCGCACGAAGCUCUGAAUAUGUUAGCUUCCCUUGGAAUUGUCCCCCAUCUGAGAGGAAGAUCCGUAAGGCCUUGACAGCACAGUACCGCUCCACCUACAGAUGUGACUUCAUGGGUAUGCCUCAAGAAAGAAGACUUGAACCUGUACACAGCAAGCGUGAAGUGCCACUCCCUACUGACACAGAGAUGAGGGACAACUACCGCCAGCCAAAGCAAAAACUCGAACUGCUGUGCAAUAACUCUCACAACAACAACAACACAGAUCCUAAUGUGGCCUGCCGUGGUAUAGUUCCAACUGUUGUGCAAAGGCACGUCCACACUCUGCAGAAAAGAUCAGAUUUGACAAACUACGACAGGUUUUGUGGAAAGAGUGUCCCUAAUGUCACAUGUGUGAUAAAGUCUCUGCUACCCCAGGAGCUGCAGCAGUUACACAGAAUUUUACCUGAGGAAAACGAGGCUGUAAAAACAGUUUUGCGUAAAGAUGCAUAUCCAAACAACAGGGAGAAUGUGAAUAAACUUCCAGCAGUUGUGCUUAAUUCCUGCUCACCAGAGUGGAUAUCAAGCUGGCCAGGACCUCUCUGAACCUUAGUGCUUAUGUUAGUAGUUUGUUUAUCUGUGUUUGUAUUUCAUUUUUUCAAGGUAGGAGUAAAAUUAUAUAUAUAUACACACACACACACUGUAAAUUUGUGUCUUACAGAAUUAAUUUCAGAUGUUUUUGUGUGGAAGCUGUGUGUUGUGAUGAUUAAACAUCUCUGCCUGAUGAAAAGA